AUGAACAAAUUACACAAGUAAAUAGAAGGUAUAUGCGAUGUGAAUUGCACAAAUGUGACUAAGCUCCAAUGGAGAAGAAAUGUGAAUCGGGAGGUUAUUAUUAGAAGAGACGCCAAAACUUGGCCAACAAACAAUAAACCGCUUUUACUUUCCAAAUUAAAAUUCCAAUUCUCAUUCUACAGCUCAAUUGAACUCUCACACCACAUUCAUUCCUUUCUUGAAUAAACCGUUUUUUCCGAUCAAGAUCUGAGUUCGUUAUAGUUUUCGUUAUGGCUAACUCCGAAGGAAACAAUCGUCAAGAAAACGGAACUGAGAAUGACGACGGUGGUUCCUGCACCGCCGAAACCUCGCCGUCGAAUCAAUCAAGAAGAAGCGUUAGGUUAAAGAAAUGUAAGACAAAUUCUAAGCGAGGUGAUUCUGGUAGCGACGGUGAUGAAUCUGUAGGGAAUAGAAUCAAUUGGAGUUGCAAUUCGGAUUCUAGGGAUUUGAGUGUGCCUGAAUUAGAGAGCUGUGAUGAUUGUUGUGAUGAAGAUUUGAAUAGUGAUGCACGUGACACAGAGGUUCAGCACGUGACUGAAAAUGACGAUGAUGAGGAUCCUUUGACUGAGUCUGUUGAUACUCUUAAGGUUUUGGAGAGAGAUCUUCAACAAGAAAUUAAAAAAAUCAGGGAGAUUGGGAAUGAAUCUUUCUCACCUGAUGACUCAACCAUGUUUAGAAGUGCUGCUGAAGCAAGUGUUGUUGAAACAAGUUCUGCUGAUCUAAGAUUCCAUGACUCAUGCUCAUCUAGCCAUUCUCGUAUACAAAUUUCAUCAAGUUUCAUGAAGCUUCAGGUACUGCACCUAACAGAAAAACUAUACAUUUUGGAAAGGCAAUUAGAAGAAUUGCAGGGUGAGCUUGCCCUUAAGGAUUCCAGGAUUGCUGAACUUGAAUUAGCCCUUAUUUGUGAAGAGAUUCCUAAGGAAGAAUCUACUAGCACCAUAUGUUUAUUAGACCAAAAAUUUAAAGAGCUGGAGUCUGAGCUUGAGAGUCUUUUUCGGCAAAAGAUUGAAGCCGAGGUCAAAUACCUGACCAUCAAAAACAUGAUGCAAAAGUUGAAGGUUGCAUCAUCUUUAAUAGAAAAACAAGAAACAAUGCAUGACAGUGAAGUGCAGGUUCUAAAUAAGGUUGAAGUGGCAGGUAAUGAGGAUCCAAACAGAACAGAGGAGCCUUUUAUGAUUCAGAGGAGAUUAUGCAAGCUGACAUGUUACUUUUUCUUUCAGCUCAUCAUGUUGUUAAUGUUGGUUCUUUGGCUUGUGUCAAAGUUAGUGCCUAAUUCUGAGGGGGUUGUGCCUACAUAAUAAAUCUGCAAAAUUGUGCUCUCUUUGUACAGUCACAGAAGUUUCUUCACUCAUACAUGAUAUACACAUGAUGUAAAUUUUCAUUGUCAUCCCACAUUAUUGACCUUUCUUUCUCUAGGUUGUUAGAGAUAGGUGCUAUAUUGUUUUCAUACCAUUUUUUGCACUUCUGUAACUCAUUCUUUGUAAUAUUGGCUCAAUAAAAGCAGUGUAUUCUUUGUAAUAUUGGCUCAAUAAAAGCAGUGUAUUCUUUGUAAUAUUGGCUCAAUAAAAACAGUGUAUUCUUUGUAAUAUUGGCUCAAUAAAAGCAGUGUAUUCUUUGUAA